GGCGCUGUAGAGGGCGCUGUGGAGCCACAUGACGGCGGCUUGAGAAGGAGACCAGCUCCAUUUUGAUUGGAAGACGUGAUUCCAUCAACAAAGAAAGAUGGCCGAAGUAAUAGAGCUACAAAAGCUGAAGCUGGCGGAGCUGAGGCAGGAGUGCGAGGCAAGGGCUCUGGAGACCAAAGGUAACAAAGGGGACCUCAUUGCCCGGCUGCAAACCUAUCUUGAGGAGCAUGAGGAAGACUUGGAUGUGAAUGUGGAUGACGUUUUGGCAGAGGAUACUGAGGACUUUGUUAAAGAGGACAAUGCCACUAAUGGAAACACGAACAAGGAUUCUGAGUCUGCUGCUUGUGAGGAUCCGGCUGAGGCCAAAGUGGUGAAGAUAGUCCCCCCCGCCUCCUCCACUGAGCGAAUGCUGAAACGAGCAGAGCGUUUUAAUAUACCGGCCACAGCAGAGAGCAAGAAGGCUGUACGAGCUGCGAGGUUUGGCCUGCCUGCAACCGCUCCAAGCCCCUCUCCAGGUGUGGUGGCCAGUGGCAAAGCAGCCGUGAGUGUGGACCAGCUGAAGAAGAGAGCCGAGCGGUUUGGCAUGAACGUCUCUUCCAUCUCUCAAAAGGUGGAGGAAGAUGAGAAACUGAAGAAGAGGAAGGAGCGGUUUGGAGCUCAGACAGCUGCGUCUUCAGCGGGAGGCGCAGAAGUAGAGGCAAAGAAAAUGAAGCGUGCUGAAAGAUUCGGAAAAGUGUAAAUAACUGGUUGUGGAUCAUAAUUUUGUUUUAUUACUUAAGAAUUUAAUGGAUUCUAACUGCUUCAUAUUGUGUCAUUUUUUUGUAACAUUUUGUGAUCUUAAAUAAAUUGUUCUCAAUUUUUGGA